AUGGCGCGCGAGGCGCGGCGGAAGACGGCGCCGCCGCGCGUCGCGUCGAUGGACGGAAAGCGCAUCCUCGCCGACGGUCCCUACGACACGAGACGAGACGCCGUGGAAGCGCUCACGGCGUUCGAGCGCGAACAAGCGCGCGGAAUCGCGGUGAACAAGCGACUGAGCGGCGGGCGAAGGGCGGUUUUCGGCUGCGCGUGCCGCGGUGCGAGGGAAGACGACGACGGCGCCGUUCGUCCACGAUGUGAGUUCAGCGCGGUUAUAAUGAGGCGCUCGGGCAAACGCGACGACGAGAAGUGGUACUUGACGAAGUACGUCGCGCACACGAUGGAGACGUGCGAGGGGCGACCGCGCAUGACGAUCGCACAUAUUUUGGCCGACGAUCGCGUGCGCGAUCUUUGUUUGAGCACAGACGGAAAAGUGUCGUGGCGCGCGAUCGCGGCGCUCGUCAAAGACUUGCACGGCGUGGACGUUCCCGAGCGCACGUGUUCGCGCGCGCGCGAAGUAGUUUUACGCGGGAAUAAAGGGAAUGAAGAAGAGUGA